AUGUCGCAAGGACAGAAACGCAAAAGAGAAGAGAAGGAUGUGAGCAACAAGAAGGCCCCUAGCGACAAACCUCCGGCGACCAUAUACAAGAACCUGCAACUUGCCGAAAGGCCCGUAUACAAGAAUCCACAGAUCGCCGAGGCCCUCAAGGCUCAAUCGAAAACCAAGAAGCAGCGCCUCGACAAGUCGCAAAAGACGGAGAAACCUAAAUUCAAGAACCUUCAGAUUGCCGAUUCGCAAAAGACAGAGUCUACACAAGCACGAGACGACAAGGCGCAGAAAGACGAAUCGCAGAAGCAGGGAAAUGGAGCUCAUAGACCACACAACCCACUGGCUGCUCGCCAAACCAAGUUACUACAAGUCCGCCAGAGCCUGCCCAUCUGGCCACAGGCUGCCAAUAUCCGCGAUGCGCUCCUCGAGAGCCACGUCCUGAUCCUUGCUGGUGAGACUGGCAGUGGUAAAUCAACCCAGGUCCCUCAGUUCCUGCACACCUCUGCAUGGUGCACUGGACGAAUUGCCGUUACCCAGCCCCGUCGCGUCGCCGCUGUCUCGCUUGCGCGCCGUGUCGCCGAAGAGAUGGGCACUCCCCUUGGCAAGAGCCCGCAAUCGCUAGUUGGUUAUAAUGUGCGUUUUGACGACAACGUUGGCAAGAACAACAGAAUCAAGUUCCUCACCGAGGGAAUGCUGUUGCAAGAAAUGUUGAGAGACCCGGCCUUGACCGAAUACAGCUGCGUCGUCGUUGAUGAAGUUCACGAGCGAAGUGUCAAUGUAGAUUUGCUUCUAGGUUUCCUAAGAGGUCUUGUGACCGGCACGAGUGAAGCGGCCAAGAAGCGAAAAGGAAAGCCCCUCAAGGUCGUUGUCAUGAGUGCUACAGCCGAUACCGAGAAGUUGAAGGACUUCUUCAGCGAAGGCUUUGGACAAUCUUCGAGCGAAGACAGCAUACCUACCAUCAACGGCGAUACUUCAGCCUCGGAAAGCAAAGAGGCGCUUGUCGAGAGGCUACAAGAGCCAUCUACCUCGAACCCAAGCAAAAUUUCAACAUGUUUUGUCGAGGGUCGGAUGUAUCCUGUACAGACGGAAUACCUGUCUGAACCUACACGAGACUUUUCCGAAGCAGCUCUGUUGCAAAUCUUCCAGAUCCACCGUAAGGAGCCCAUGCCCGGAGACAUCCUGGUCUUCUUGACUGGUGGAGACGUCAUCACGAAUCUCCAACAAGCAAUUGAGGACAUGGUACCGAAUGUAAUCACCAAAGACUCUGGUCUACCAAAGCUGCUUGUAUUACCGCUAUAUGCGGCACUUUCUCAGGCACAGCAACAAGCCAUCUUUUCACCCGCUCCUCCCAACACACGCAAAGUAAUUUUGGCAACCAACAUUGCUGAAACGUCAAUUACGGUACCUGGCGUUCGCUUCGUCGUUGACAGUGGAAAGGCCAAGAUCAAGCAGUUCCGCAAUCGCCUCGGUCUCGACUCUCUCCUUGUCAAGGACAUUUCUAAAUCUUCCGCCAUCCAACGUCAAGGACGUGCAGGCAGAGAAGCAGCCGGCAAGUGUUUCCGCCUGUACACGAAGUCAAACUUUGAAACAUUAGAGAAGGAUACCGUUCCGGAAAUUUUGCGAUGCGACUUGAGUUCAGCAGUACUCACCAUGAAGGCAAGAGGCGUUCAUGAUGUUAUGAGCUUCCCGCUCUUGACUCGCCCAUCGAGAGAAGCGAUGGAGCGUGCACUCNUGCAACUGCUUCAGCUCGAUGCGUUGAACCCCGAAGAUGGAAAUAUCAGUGAUCUGGGCCGUAAGAUCGCAAGACUACCCUUGACUCCAGCCCACGGCAGGACAAUCAUAGCAGCUGCCGAUCCCGAGAUGGGAUGUUUAUUGCCCGUAAUCGACAUUGUAGCCUGCUUCAACUCGGAGAACAUCUUCCUCGAAGUCAAGGACCAAGACGCAAACGACGAGGCAAGAGAAGCCCGCAACAAACUCUCACGCCGUCAAGGAGAUCAUUUGACCCUGCUCAGCGCCGUACAAGCCUACGCUUCAGAACGCACCGACCGUAAGCAAUGGGCUAAGCAACAUCUAGUCUCACACCGCUCUAUGCAAAACGUCAUGGAUGUUCGCAAACAACUCCGUGCUCAAUGCCAACAAGCCAAACUCCUCACGAAAGAACAACUUGCUACUGCCGACGAUGAUGAUAACAUCAACACAAUUUCCGAGUCUACGGGCAACAACAUCUUGAAGUGCUUCCUUCGCGGCUUCCCCACCAAUGUGGCCCGACUGGUGCCUGAUGGUAGUUAUAGGACUAUCCAUGGGCAUAUGGCUGUGGCUAUUCAUCCUAGCAGUGUACUGUAUGGCAGGAAGCUUGAAGCCAUCUUGUACAAUGAGUUUGUGUAUACGAAUAGGACGUAUGCUCGUAGCGUCAGUGCUAUACAGAUGAAUUGGCUGGAAGAGAUAUAUGCGGCACCGAGUUGA